AAAGAGUUAUCGUUUGUGUGGCUAGGCACAGCUUCUCCCUCGAUCGGCAGCUAUGGCGGCCCUGGCGGCGGCAUCGGUAGCGGCGAUUCAUUCAUCACAUUCCCUAGGGCAGUUGCCACCGGUGGCGGAGCGGAGCGAUCGAGUCGGAUUUCCUGGCGCGAGCAAGUCCUUCUUUGGAGGGAAGAUCUCAUCGUCGGAUCUAACGUACACCCACAGGCCAUCUCCUUCGACUUGGAACUUUUCCGUGAGAGCAGCGGCGGUGUCCACUGAAACUGUGGAGAAAGUGAAGAAGAAAGACGAGGAAGGAGUUGUCACCAACUUGUUUAGGCCGAAGGAACCUUACGUCGGGCGAUGCCUCCUCAACACCAAAAUUGUGGGAGAUGAUGCUCCUGGAGAGACUUGGCAUAUGGUUUUUACGACCGAAGGAAAAAUUCCAUACCGAGAAGGCCAGUCCAUUGGAAUUGUCCCGCCCGGAUUGGAUGCCAAGGGAAAACCUCAGAAACUUCGACUUUACUCCAUUGCUAGCAGUGCUCCAGGGGACUUCGGCGAUUACAAGACUGUGUCUUUGUGCGUGAAGCGCCUCGUGUACGUGAAUGACAAGGGAGAGGAAGUCAAGGGCGUGUGUUCCAACUUUCUCUGCGAUCUCAAGCCAGGAGAUGAAGUCAGCAUAACUGGACCUGUUGGGAAGGAGAUGCUCAUGCCAGUCGAUCCAAACGCCACAAUUAUCAUGCUUGGUACUGGUACUGGUAUCGCACCCUUCAGAGGCUUUUUGUGGCGGAUGUUUUUUGAGAAACACGACGACUAUAAGUUUAACGGGCUAGCCUGGUUGUUCUUGGGAGUUCCAACUAGCAGCUCACUACUGUACAAAGAGGAAUUCGAGAAGAUGAAAGAAAAGUUUCCAAACAAUUUCAACCUCGACUUCGCAGUGAGCCGCGAGCAAACAAACGCCAAGGGCGAGAAGAUGUACAUCCAGACGCGAAUGGCCGAGUAUGCCGAGCAGCUUUGGGACCUCCUCAAGAAGGACAACACCUACGUCUAUAUGUGCGGCUUGAAAGGAAUGGAGAAAGGAAUCGACGAUAUCAUGACCAGCCUCGCAGCCAAAGAAGGGAUCGACUGGGCGGAGUAUAAGAAGCAGCUCAAGAAAGGCGAGCAGUGGAACGUCGAAGUCUACUAAACAAAGCUUCGCUCGCGAAAUCGCUUGAUGCAAUGCCGCAGCAUUUGUCGAAAGCUCCUUGUAAAAGUGACACGUCAUUUUGCCACGUCGCUUAAACUAGACACGUCAAUGGAUACUUACGCGUUGGCAGCCACGGUGGCAUAAAGUGUUGGAGAUCUAUUUCUAGGGUUUAUCCGCGCGAGAGAGAGAGGGACGAUGCCGCGGCGAUGGGUGGAGCCUCCCGAGUAUCCGGUGAUUUACGAGUUCCCAAAGGUCAGCGCCGUCGUCUCCAAUUUCAGCUUCCGCGACAUGAUGCACAUUCUCACCUACACCUCCGCCUCGGUUCCAUUCGGCUAUCUCGCCGGAGCGAGCGCCAGGGUGAAAGGUCCAGCGAUGGUGGUGGCGGCACUCACAGGACUCCAGGCCGGAUACAUGGUGGCUUACAUCUAUUCCAAAGGCAGGCUCAUGGGGAUCUUUCCCAACGACGAUGAAGUUGCGAGACUGGGAAUGUCAACCAUGAGCAUAUCGUGAUCCAAGCUCCACCUCUUUUGCUUGACGGUGUGAUUCAAAACAAGAAACAUAGAAGAACUUCUCGAAACCAAUAACCAUUCAUUUUCAAGUAA